AUGUUCCCUACUCGUGUUCUGCGCAUGCAGGCCUCCCGGCCUUUCGCUUUUCCUGCUCCUAAGGAAAACCACAGCGGUAUGGGGUUCCCUCCCCGCCCACACUAUCUCUCAGCGUCUGCGCACUCUGAAGAGAGUCCCCCCGGAGUUGAUCCCUCUCGGUCUGGUCCUUGGUCUAAUCCCGACCGCCUCCCACCUCCCUUCCUCUCCCACUCCGCAGUCUUCAUCUGCCCUCCACUGACGCAGUUCCAUCGCAGUGUCGCCGUCGGUGCUGCCAUCUACUCCAGCACCCGCAAGCUCAUGACCGACAAGACCCUCCGUCUGUACCGCAACAGCCCCGAGGACCGCGAGCACUAA